AAAAAUGGCGACGCUUCUGGGGUCCGAGUCCCCUUGUACUGGAGGAAAACGACGAAAUUGCCGCAGCAAUAUCGUCACAAAGUUCACGGCCAGUAAAAUCACCGGCCAGGGUUUCAGCCAAGGGACACAGCUCCCAACAUGUUUGCUCCAGGAGAGAGAUAAACGGGCCAAGUGGAAUGGCAUCCCUACUGUGCUGCAGAAGCUCUACGAGAGCAGCCAUCCCAACAGUGACCUCUCCCAUGCCCACAGCUUUCUUAAGGUAUUAUCAUCUCAACUCUCCGUGGAGGCCAUGUCUUUUGUCACAGAGGACAGGAAGACCGCUCAGGAAUCCACCUUCCCCAACACGCACACCUUUGACCUCUUUGGUGGAGUCGAUCUGCUCGUGGAGAUCUUGAUGAGACCCACACUAACUAUGCAGAAGAAAAAGCCCAAAAUGAAUGAUGACCUGGUUAAGGACUGCCUUAGUGUUCUCUACAACUGUUGUAUAUGUACUGAGGGGGUGACGAAGAGUCUGGCAGCAAGGGACGACUUUGUUCUGUUUCUCUUCACCCUGAUGACAAACAAGAAGACCUUCCUACAGACUGCUACCCUUAUUGAAGAUAUUCUAGGGGUCAAAAAGGAAAUGAUCCAUUUGGAAGGGAUCCCCAACCUAUCAGGCUUGGUCCAAAGCUUUGACCAGCAACAGCUGGCCAACUUCUGCCGCAUCUUGUCUGUCACCAUCUCAGAACCUGAUGUAGGAAAUGACGACAAGCACACCCUGCUGGCUAAAAACGCUCAGCAGAAACGCAACGCCAUCCCCUCACGGGCAGAGGUCAAUCAGGUAACCCUGCUGAACAUCCCUGGGUUCAUUGAGCGGUUAUGUAAGCUUGCCACUAGAAAGGUGUCUGAGGCCACAGGCGCCAACUUCCUGCAGGAGCUGGAGGACUGGUACACAUGGCUAGACAAUGCUCUGGUCCUGGACGCCCUUAUGCAGAUGGCCACUGAGGAGGCGGAACAAAGCAGUACAGAAUCAUCAGAUGAGAGUUCUCUGGCCACAAGCCCCCUGAGACAUCGACUGCCUCAGUCCAUGAAGACUGUCCAUGAGAUCAUGUAUAAAGUGGAAGUGAUGUAUGUGCUGUGUGUGCUUCUCAUGGGCCGACAGAGGAACCAGGUCCACAAGAUGCUGGCUGAUUUCCGUCUCAUCCCAGGGCUCAAUAACCUGUUUGACAAGCUGAUCUGGAGGAAAUACACUGCUUCAAAUCAUGUGGUGCACGGCCAGAAUGAGAACUGCGAUUGUAGUCCGGAAAUCUCCUUUAAAAUCCAGUUUUUGCGGCUACUCCAGAGUUUCAGUGAUCACCAUGAGAAUAAGUACCUCUUGCUGAAUAGCCAAGAGCUGAAUGAACUGAGUGCUAUUUCCAUGAAGGCUAACAUCCCUGAGGUGGAAGCUCUGGUCAACACAGACAGAAGCCUAGUGUGUGAUGGGAAGAAGGGUCUCCUCACGCGCCUCCUCGCUGUCAUGAAGAGGGAGCCUCCAGACUCGUCCUUCAGAUUCUGGCAGGCAAGAGCAGUGGAAAGUUUUCUUAGAGGAGCCACCUCCUAUGCAGACCAAAUGUUCCUCCUGAAAAGGGGACUGCUUGAGCACAUCCUGUUCUGCAUCAUCGAUAGCGGCUGUACAUCUCGAGACGUCCUACAGAGCUACUUUGAUCUGCUGGGAGAGCUCAUGAAGUUCAACAUUGAUGCCUUCAAAAGAUUCAACAAAUAUGUCAACACUCCUGAAAAGUUUCAGACCUUCCUGACGCAGAUCAACAGCUCUCUAGUGGACUCCAACAUGCUAGUGCGCUGCAUUGUCCUUUCGUUGGACCGCUUCGAGAGCCAGACUGAAGAUGUCAAAGUGGUGGAGGUUCUGUCUGAGUGCUGCCUGCUGUCCUACAUGGCCAAAGUCGAGAGCAGACUUACCUUCCUCUUCCGACUGAUCACCAUCAUCAACGUGCAGACUCUCACACAGGAGAAUGUGAGCUGUUUAAACACCAGCCUUGUGAUCUUGAUGUUGGCCAGAAGAAAGGCUAAACUGCCCUUCUACCUCAACGCCUUGCGGGAGAAGGAGUAUGCUGAAAAGUACCCGGGCUGCCUGCUCAACAACUUCCACAACCUACUGCGCUUCUGGCAGCGCCACUACCUCAACAAGGACAAAGAUAGCACCUGUCUGGAGAAUAGCUCCUGUAUCCCCUUCAGCUACUGGAAGGAGACGGUGUCAGUGCUGCUGGGCCCAGACAGGACUUCUCUGUGUGCCAUAGGGAGCUACAUCGAUGAGCCUUUCAUGGAUCUGGACAGAGACCUGCUGGAAGAUUGACCUCCAGCAAGUGCACUCUGGGGUGGGACAGGGCAGAGGGUCACAGGGAACAUGGACACCUAGAGCUGGUGAUGACUCCGCUGAGCCAUCCAGACGCUCCGUGACAGUGCUUCUGGAUGUAAAGACUCACCUGUUUGCUUUCUGUACCUACGCAUGGAGGCUGUCAUCGCAGAGGGGAGGGGGAUGUGAAUUCUCACCGAGUUACCGCUGUUCUUCAGAGGAAGCCUGUACGCCCAUCCCAGAAACACAGAACAGACUAUUGGGGGAACUUGGGAUAUGACACCUGCGUUGGUUGUUUGCUUUAGGUGAAAUUCAAAUAGAGCCUUUUAUAUAACCGAUACAAAAUUCUAUGAAAAAAAUAUGUAUGAUUUAACAAAUUAUGUUAGAAAAGAAAAAAAAGACUCCUUUUACUUGGACUUGGUUUGGAAAUGUCCACAGAUGAACUGUCAGCCAGAUGUGCAGUGACACUUCGCAGGGAGUCUGCUGUCUCAGUCGCCCACUACCUACACGCUCUCUGUCGACUCAGUGCCACUCCACUGCCUGACCUGUGGGGAGGGGGGCAUUAGUGAAAUUUGACUUUUUCUUGCAGGGGUCUUGAUGAUGAAGAGCAUUUCCUUUUAACCUGCCUGUGGGUCUAUUUUAUUAGGUGGCUAUUGUUGAUUGGUGCUUUCUGGCUCUACUCAGAACAUUUAAGUAGCUCGUGGGCCGGCGGACAUGUCUCUCAGAAUCACACACACACACACACACAGGGCUCCUUUCACCUAAAAACCAUCCACCCUGCUGUGGCUUCAGGAGCUUCACACAUCAACUUGUCUCUUUUCCAGGUUCUUUUUGCUGAUCUAUUUUUGUCUUGUUGAAAACAAUGGCUUUUAGCUCUGGAUAAAAUGUAUAAUACAACAUUGCACAGAUUAAAAUAGCUUUUUAUUGUUUAUUAUAGUUUAACACAUUUGUUGAAUAAAUCACCAUCAUUUUGUACAGAAUUUGUAUCCAUGCUGUGGGUGAUGCUUUGGGAAAGAGAAUAAACUAUGCAGGUGCUAGUGUUAAGAUACCACUUGAA